UAGUCGUGGCGAUCGGAAAUGUGAAUAUGGCUCUAGAUUUGGCUGACCAAUUAGAAUGACGAUCCCACUAACGCGACAUCGCGCAUCCCUCUCGCACCGAUCUCCACCGAUAUCCGUCAGUGUGCCUACACAGUCGAUGCUUCAAGCGCCUGAGCUAUUCAGUCAAACGCAAGUUUUCCCCCGAAUCUCGAAAGUUCUGCCUUGCACUGCCUUGCAGUUCAGCAGAACCUUAAUUCCGCCAGCCGCCGCCGAGCCCACAAAGUAAACAAGUUCCCAACACAAAACACAUCGACAUGACACGCACUCGUUGGAACAGCUUCUCCUCCACAUCUACAUAACACGAUCCAACGCCGCCUAGCCGCGCCUUUUCGCAACACACCAGCGCCAAUAAACGUCUUCUUGUCGCACCAAAUUCCUACAGCACUACAUAUAACCAUAUAAUAUUAGUUGAAAAUCCGCUCUUCAAAUGGACGACUUCGCACGAGACUCAAGCGUCAGCUCCGAGAACGAGCAUGACCACGAUGACGAUAUCGCCAUGCAAGACGUUGAUGCCGAGGAAGACAAUGAUAACCCGGACGCGGACGAAGAUGACGAGAAUGAACCUGACAAUGACCACGACAAUGACGAAAACAACGAUAAUGAUAAUGAAGACGAGGAAGACGAUGAUCAGGAACAUCAAGAGGCAGACGAGUCGCAACAGCAGCAGCAGGCGCAACAACAACAGCCGCCCCAGUCUGCGUCGCGCAAGUCGGCAUCACCUGGAGAACAGUCUACACCACAGUGGCAGCCAACCAUCCGCCCCGAAGUUCUUACAGCCAGGACCUAUGAUAUCGUGCCCACCAUGGCCGCGCCCAUGGCUACAAGCAUCAAUGCUAUCGCUAUCACCCCCGAUCUGCGCUAUUGGAUGACUGGUGGAACAGACGGUUAUAUUAGGAAAUAUGACGGCCCGGCCACCAUCAACGGCCGCACGCUUUUGACCGUAGCCCAGCGGCAUCCCUUCGUUGACUCGGUUACCAAAGCUGGCGUGCUCAUGUCUUACUGGGAGAAUGCUGAGCCACAGUCCUCUACUGCACGCCAAGAAGACCUUGUUCUCAGUCCCGUCUACAGCUUGGCGGUACAAUCGCAAGCGCUGUGGCUCCUUUCCGGUCUUGAGAGCGGAGGAAUCAACCUACAAAGCGUCCGUCACGACGAAGGCAAACGCAUCACGUGUUUGCAGAAGCACACAAAUGCCGUCAGCGCUCUCACCCUAGCAGCUGAUGAAAAGAGCGUCCUCAGUGGUAGCUGGGACAAGAACAUCUUCGAUUGGGAUCUCAACAUAGGCGCCGUAUCGAGGCAGUAUAACGAAAGCAGUAGUCAAAUCUCGGCCAUCGAGCUUCGGCCUACGAGCGGCGCGCCCAUCCCACCCGAGGCAAGUGAGGAGAUAUUUCUCGGCAACACUUUCUCGAGCAACAACGGCUACCCGACAGCGGGUAAUGACCUCGACUUCAAACUGGAAAGCCAACUCAGUGGCGACAUUAAAAACGAGAUGAACAGCUUCGAGGUCAACGGACACUCCGCACAAGCAGGAGAUGUUCCUCAUGACGCGGCGGGUGGCGCCGACAGCCCCGCGCAUGAUAGUCUGUUCGGCGGCAGUCCAGGCGGCGGUUCCGAUUUAUUCGGUGAUAACGAUGGCAUGGGAGGUUUCGGAGGCGACGACGACAAUGAAUUCUCCCGCGCCAUGAUGCAAGACUCAGCACAAGACAACAUGCCCAUGGGCGACUACAACGUGGUGGACUCUAAUUUCAAUCCCGAGAACGGCCCGGCACCCGCCGUCCAACCUCUCUCAGAGUCCCAGCAACAAAAUGGCCCCGAUGCACCCAUCGAUAUCACAGACCCCAACAUGGCCAGCCUUCACAUGACAAACGGAGAUAUGUCCACCUCAAUACCAGAUCCCACGGCGCCAAUAACAGCCGACUCCUUCUCCAUGGACCAUCAUCCACAGACAGACUUCUCAACAAAUCAAGAAGGCGACCUAGCCCCGCCGCAAUCCCCAUCCGCAGUCUUCGCGGCUCCACCGCCCACACACCACGACACAACGCAGACAUCGGACAGCACAUUCCUAUCGGCCUCGAUCGACGGACCCAUCCGGAUCUGGGACCGCCGCAUGCCGAACCCGGUCGCGCGCAUCGGGAACCGCCCCGGCGUGCCGCCGUGGUGCAUGGGGACCUGCUGGUCGCCGGACGGCAACUGGAUCUACGCGGGGCGCCGCAACGGCACGGUGGAAGAAUUCAGCAUCGCCAAGGCCCGCGCCGGAUGGCAGCCCGAGCGCGUGCUCAAGUUCCCCGGGGGCAGCGGCCCCGUCUCCUGCUUGCGCCCGAUGCCCAACGGACGCCAUCUCGUCUGCGCCUCGCACGACAUCCUCCGCCUGUACGACCUCAAGAGCGAUAGCGCCGCCGCCAAGCAUGCGCCGCCGCCGUUCCUGAUCAUACCCGGCCCGCCGCGCGCGGGCGUCAUAUCCAGUCUGUAUGUCGAUGCCUCGAGCAGGUUUAUGAUUAGCGCCGCGGGGAAUAGAGGGUGGGAGGGCUCGUGCACGGAGGUGCUUAUUGGGUAUGAGAUUAAUGUUCCGUGAGGAAAAGGGAUGGAUAAGAUUGGGGGUUUUUCUCUCUCUUUUUUUGGUUUGUUUUUGUUUGCUGGGAAGGAGGGGGUUUUGAGAGGAGAGGAGAUGAUCUUGUGUUUGAAGCGGGAAAGUGAAAGCGAAUCAGCAAAGGGAAAGAAAGAAGGGUUGUCGGGGAUAGUAUUGCUGCGAUUGUCUUUUCUGGAUCUGGGUAUCGAGAGAACUGAGGAUGAUUAUUGUUUGGGAUAUGGCUCUCUCUCUGUCUCUUUCACUAUGCUGAUUGCUGAUGAAUACGCGCUUGGAGAUGGAUAUUUCAUGGGUGGAAGGGGUGGAAGGGGUGGAGGAUUUUACUCUCACCGGCGCUAUUGGGAUUUUUCAAAGAUGGAGUUGGGGAAUAUGUGUUCUGCAUCUGUUUCUUAGAUGGUUGAUACCCUCGUAUUACACUGUUUGGCGUUUUGGGUUUGGACAAUUUGAUUUGGGCGAUUUACAUUUAUUUCUACAGAUCGUCCGGGUUUUGAGAAUCUUAAUGGGAAGGAUAUGUGUUUUGCUAAUGGGUGGAGCAUAAUUACGAUUGAAUGGGGUUAUUGAUGUGCAUGUGAUAUUCAUCGGGAAAAAGAUGAGAGGACUAAGUUACGAUUGAGAACUUGUUUGGUUCAUUAGGUGUUACUGAUUAUAUACGUAAUAAGAUAUUAAUAUGGAGGUAUAUAUGUUUCAAUUCAU